AUGCGCAAGGUAAUGAUGGGCGCUGCCAUUUCCAUGGGCCUCAUGGCCGCACCGGCCCAGGCCGACAACAUCGUCGAGGUCGCCCAGGGCGCCGGCACGUUCAACACGCUGCUCGCCGCAGCCGAAGCGGCCGGGCUGGCCGGCGCGCUGGCGACCGGCGAGAACCUGACCGUCUUCGCACCGACCGAUGAUGCGUUCGCGGCUCUGCCCGCUGGCACGGUCGAAAGCCUGCUCCAGCCGGAAAACAAGGACCAGCUCGCCGCGAUCCUGAGCUAUCAUGUCCUGCCGCGCGAACUGGCCUCAAACCAGCUUCCGGGCCGCACCAUCCACAUCCGCACGAUCAAGGCCGGUGGCGACCGCCUUCUGGCGAUCGAAAAGGACGCCCACACCGGUGCGGUGGUCGUUGACGGUGCCAACGUCGUCGCCGCCGAUAUCCAGGCCGACAACGGCAUCAUCCAUGUCAUCGACAAAGUGAUGCUGCCCGCGAGCUGA